CCAGAAGGAUGAAGAGCAGCCAUUUCUGAAUCGUGACUCGAAAAAAACGGACGCUCGCUCUCUUGUUAUAUAUAAGUGUUUCAGACGGUGGCGUCGCUUCACUUUCGAACUCGGUGCAUCAUAGUUCAGGCACGCAUCGCGCGUCUAAGUGCAUAAUCGGUUUAUUUUUGAACAUUCACCGCAUCUCAACAAUUUUUGGUGCAAUUUGUAGUACAAUGGAGGGUGCGUCAUUUGAGCAUCUUGCGAAGUUGAAGAUCAGCGUCACUGCGGCUGAUGUCGAGUUCCAGGAGUCGUCUUUCGUGCUGUUUAAGGCCGAUAUCCCGGCCACUUUCAGCACCCUCGGCAACCUGGUUGAAGAACGCUUUUCGGAGUUGAAAACCCCGAACAAGGCUUGGAAAUACUUUUGGAUUGACGAGGACGGUGACGAGAUCCCCAUCGCCCAUGAUGGAGAAUAUCGGGGCUAUUUGAACUCGUUCGACACCACGUCGGCUGUGCCCCGUAUCCAUGUUCGCGUCUCUGAGCAGCCGGCCGAAAAGACGUUCAAGCGAACGGAGGAGAGUACGGCACCCAAGCGCAAUGAUCGUCCUGUGCAUGAUCGUGUCUUGUGCGACGUCUGCGAUGCCACCAUCGUGGGCCAUCGUUACAAAUGCAUGACCUGCGAUAAUUAUGAUCUUUGCAUGCGCUGCGAAGCCAAUUACCGGCACAAGGAACACAUCAUGGUGCGCCUCCCCACUCCGGACAUUCACGACGGGCAUCGCGUCUAUCGUAUAUUCGAAAAAUUACGAAGCUUAGUUUGCAAAAUGACGCCUCUGAAGAUAGUCGGCAACGAAACGGUCGAGUGUGAACCGAACGACCAAGGAGCUCAAGCGACCGACGAACGAGCAGCAAGCAACGACGAGAAGCGCCCAGCAUCCAAACGUCCGCCGCAGAGCAAGCGAAGCACCGAGACGGGUUCGGCUGGACGUGAGACGAAAGGCUCGAAGACCGAGAAGCCGCCUUCGUCGUCGACAAAGAAGCGUGAAGCAAAGGUCGAAGAUCGAGAACGAAACCGUGAACAACGUUCAUCGGGCCAUGCCCAAUCCGCGGAACCCCCACUACUCACGGACGUUGGCGCAACGUUGGCUCUAGUUCACUCUUUGUUAUCGCGUGACGCCCCUGAAGCUCUCAACUUGGAAUCUUCUUUGAAUGACCCAAUCGUGACACCACCUUGCGUCCCCUUCAUUCCACUCCCUUCUAACGGCCCGUUCGCCGAUUUUCCCAAUCCUACCAACGCUACAGCUUCUCACGUCGAACGAUGCAAUUGCGACCCCACCGAUCCUUUUGCAGCUUGUACCAUCAACCAAUACCCGAAAGGUUACUAUCCACCAGGGUUCUUCAACCCAGUUCCACCACAAGGGUUUGCGAACAUGAAGUACUCUCCACCACUACUCUACCCACCGUUUUACGGUGGCAAUGCAAAUUACGCACCUGGGUACGAGCCGUACUUGCGCGAGGGCUAUCAAGAUUCUGCCUUACCGUAUGGUCUGGCACCACGAGCGGAGUGUCCGGUAAACGUUCGUGCUCAAGAUACUGCCUUACCGUAUGGUCUGGCACCACGAGCAGAGUGUCCGGCAAACGUUCGUGCUCAGCGUCCUGGCUGGGAAACGUCACCGCGACCGGAACAUCCGGCAUUUGCUUCUCCACGCCUUCGUACGCAGCGUCCUGGCUCGAAAACGCCACCGCGACCUGAACAUGAUCCUGCACGCAUUCGUGUGCAGCGUUCUGACUCGCAAAAGCCACCCAGACCGCAACAUCCGGUAUUUGCUCCUGCACGCAAUUCUCGCUCGGACAGCGUUCCGGAAUCUGGUACCGGCGGUCGCAUGUACGCUCCGCCGUUUAACAUACCAGUGUUUCUCAAGAAUACCGAACAGAGUGUUCAGCAUCUCGCCGAAGCGUUUUCCAAAGUAAUCGAUCCUCUCGGAUUUGGCAUUCACCAGAAAGCUGCUCGGACCGCAUCGACCAAGGCGGCACCCACUACACCCACUGAUAGUGAGCCACCAACUCCACUCAAGCCGGCCCAAACGCAAACACCGGUCGAAGCGAUGCAGGAUAAAACGACCGAAACAACGGUGACGUCGAGCUCAACGGUCCACAUUCAAACGGUGCCGGAGCAGAAGCAGCAACAGAAGGAGUUGGUGAGUGUUGCUGAGGAAGCGGUUCCCAGUGUGUCUGGGACCGCUAAACCGCCACCCUCGGAUGUCGGCGGAGAUGAAACCGAUGAGGAUUCCGUCGGAUCGUGGGACAACAUUGACGGGCAGGAAGCUGGGCAUGGCGACGAGACCUACGAAUGUGAAGCUCUGGGCAAAUCCUCUGAAAGCGUUCAGGCAGCGAAGCAGAUGGCCGACUCCGAGGGCUUGAAGAAGGAUUCCACCAAGAAACAUGCGACCCUCGAAGACGUUCUCGAUGACGAUGAGAAGGUUGCGACCACCGCGAAGCCACCAAACAACCCGGACCCAUCACAUAUCUACAGCGCCCGCCCCCAUGUCAAUCAUGCCAUCCACACCAUGAUGACGAUGGGGUUCAGCAACGACGACGGGUGGUUGACGCGUCUGCUCGAAACACUGAACGGCGACGUACCGAAGGCUCUCGACAUGCUGCUGCAGCAAACGCCACGUUCCUAAGCUCAUGAUAUGAUUGACAAAUUUAAUUUUCUAAACUAACCGCUUGCUUUAACUAACAACCUGUGUUUUGUGUGCCUUUUCGCUCGUAUUUGUUUAACAAUCAUUUUUUAACCGUUCACUUUAACUAACAACGCAAGACCGGAUUCGAAUGGUGAUGGUAUACCCUAGUUUUAAUCAUUAGACGCCUUUUCGCGCGUUGAAUCAUAUAAUCAAACAACACCUUUCCUUCUCUAACUGCCUUAGAGAAUAUUACGGGAAAGGUAAUAAUCACAAUAAUGAACUACUCUUUUUUGCCAUUGCUCUUGCUUGCUUGAAAAAAGCUAAAUAUAUAUGCAAUAAUUUGCACGCUUAAGAAACCAUGUAUGAUUUGGUGGAUGAAACAAUAAAUGUUGACGUUGGU